CUUCGUGAGGCGGAAUCAUUGGCGCAGGAAUUGAAAGAUGAUUUGGAAGCAGAGAAGGCGGCACGCGAUCGAGCGGAGAAUCGAAAACGUGACCUUAAGGAGGAAUUGGAAGCCCUCCGUCUGGAACUUAUCGACUCAGGAACCAAUUCUGAGGCUCAGGCUGAAGCUCUACGUAAACAUGAAGCGGAGCUUUCCAAUGCGCGCAAGCAAAUUGAAAGCGAUGCUGCCAAUCCUCCAUUCCUCUCCUCUAGUGCUCAUGAGGUUGCUGUGGCUGAGCUGCGCAAGAAGUACAAUGCCAAUGUUGAACAGCUUACGGAACAACUGGAAGCCAUGAAGCGAGUAAAGGUGGCCAUGGAGUCAUCCAAGUCUCAACUGGAGGCCGGUAAUGCGGACCUUACCAGCCAACUGAACACUGCUCUGGCCGCUAAAGCGGAGUCGGAGAAGAAGCGUCGUGCAAUCGAACAGAAGUUGAAUGACAAGUUUAUGAAACUGGAGGAGUCAGAGCGUCAGCGCGUAGACAUCGAGGAGCGGUUUAGCAAAGCACAGGCUGAGCUGGAGGCGGCCAACAAGGCUCUGGAGACAUCGGAAGCAGAACUAGCUAAACUAACUCGUUCAGAUGCUAACAACACCACCACCAUCGCUGAGUUGAAGCAGAGUUUGGAGGACGAGACACGUGCCAAACUGGCUCUGCAGACGCGUCUCAGGCAGGCUGAAUCGGAACGUGAAGUUGCGAAAGACGCUCUAGAUGAGGAGGAGCAAAAUAAGCAGGCUCUUGAGAAGCACGUUCAGAUGCUUCAGCAGCAGAUGGACGAUGUUAAAGCCAAAGUAGCCGAGGAUGCCCAGCAGUUGGAGGGACUGGAAGACACUCGCAAGAAACUUCAACGUGAAAAAGAUGAACUGGCAAAUCGCAAUGAGGAGCUUGCGGCGCAGGUUGAAAAGCUGGAGAAGUCACGGCGCAAGCUACAGGCAGAGUUGGAAGACGCCAAUCACGCACUGGCGGCACAACGGUCGGAUCAAGUUAACAGUGAUCGUCGAUUGAAGAAGUUGGAGGCCUCGUUAGCGGAUGCCACGACGAAUGCAAGGAGGCUCCAAGAGGAGAAGGACCAGGCAGACAAAGACAUGCGGGAGCGGGAGACUCAACUCCUUACACGGGAUCGCGAGUUGGAAGACCUUCAAGAACGUCUGGAGGAGUCUGAACGCCAGCGGGCCAAUUUGAGUCACGAACUGGAAGAGCUUGUUUCUCAUACUGACGAUGCUGGGAAGAGCAAGAUCGAGUUGGAGCAGAUUAACUUUCAACUAGAGAACCAACUGAAAGAAUUGAAACAGCAGUUCGAAGAACUGGAGGAUGAUCAGGCUCAGCUUGCAAUGGAGAAGCAGCGUGCUGAUCUUCAAAUAAAUGCACUUAAGGCACAAUUGGAACGUGAAUUAACGAGCCGCAACGAGGGAUUUGAGGAACAACGUCGUCAGUUGUUGAAACAAUUGCGUGAAGCGAAGGAGGAGUUGGAAGAUGAGAAGAAGCAGCGAGCAACCGCCCUGCUCAUGCGAAAGAAGAUCGAGGGUGACCUUGCUGAUGCCAAUCAACGCGGGGAUGCAGCUGACCGACAACGUGAGGAAGCGGCAAAGCAGUUGAAGCGUCUACAGAGCGUCAGUAUUGAGCUUAAACGUGAUUUAGACGCUUCAUUGAAGGCGCGUGAUGAUGCAAUCUCAGCGAUGCGGGAAUUGGAGAAGAGGAUUCGCACUGCGGAGGCCGAGCGGACCCAAGCCAUGGAUGACCUCUCUACGGCUGAACGGGUUUGCCGAACCGCUAAGCUGGAGAGAGAUGAGGCUCUCGAGGAGGCUAAUAGUGCCCUCACCGCCAAGGUUUCGUAUUCUCAAAACCUUGUUGCAGAUAUUUGGAAUUCUUUUGAAUGUACAGUUCCCCUGCUUAACUUUUAUUCGGAACGUCAUGAUGAUUUGGCUUGGGGCUCAUCAGGUCCGUGA